CUCUCCUCUCGCCACGAUAUAUAUACAUUCAAUACCAUUCACAAACAAAGAAUUUACUGACCGAAAAGAAAAUCUAGAGAGAGACGGAGAGGAGGAAAAUCGCCUGUGUGAAGAUUCUGGAGAACUGUGCAUGAACUUAGAUGUUUCUGAUGUAUACCGGCGGCCGUACGGCUUGAUUUUUCCGCCAUGGAAGCAUCGAAACGUCGAUCGCUCCUCAGAAGCAACCGGAAGAGCCAACGAGCUCAAGAGAUGGCCGAAGAUUGCCGCGGCUGCCGAGGAGGAGGAGGAGGUGACGGCGAUAUUGCGGAGGAGGAGUACGACGUGGAGGCGUGGGACACGCUGAGCAGUGGCUUCAAGCGCGCGCAGGUCGUUCUCGAUCAGAACCGCGACUUGAUCCAGCGCGUGAACGAUAACCAUCGCUCCAGGAUCGCUGACAAUCUGGCCAGCAACGUCGGCCUUAUCAACGAGAUCAAUGGGAAUAUUUCGAAGGUUCUGGAGAUUUACUCCGAUUUAUCCGUCAAUUUCACCAAUAUUGUCCACGAGCGCCGGAGGACGGCGAAGAACGGUGAUACCACGACUUCCACCACCGGUGGACAGAGCUCUAGCGGCUCCUGAGCACUCUUUGAAAGGGCCAAUUCCGAUGGUUUUGCGUUAUUAUCUUCGCUGGAAGUUGAGGAACUUGACAGAGAGAGCAAAAGCAGAGAAGAAGAGGGCGCAGAAGGCGAGGAGAACAA